AUGCGGAGAAGAUAUUGUGUCAGGGAAGUUUCAGAGUUAAACAUUGGAUUGUCAGUGGGCAUUAUGAAAGCAGCAAGGUCAAUAAUAAGAAAGGUCAGAAGUGGUCCGAAUUUAAAUUCAGAUGAAAUUGAUGAUAAAUUUCCAGAACAUUUGACACGCAGAAUGAUAUUGAGUCAAAUUGCUUCCAUAUAUGAUCCAUUAGGGUUUGCUGUACCAGUAUUGCUCAAAGCGAAAAUUUUGAUGAGGCUCGUGAUUUCCAGAAGUGAAUCGAAAGAUGGCGGAAUCAAGUGGGAUGAUCCACUUGAUAUUUCCAUGGUUAAGGAAUGGAAGAUGUUUUUCAAGGAAUUGUAUGAGUUAGAGAGAUUGACUUUUAGAAGAUCCUUGAUACCAUCUAAUGUAGUUGGUAAACCAAGCCUAAUAAUAUUUUCGGAUGGUAGCAUGCAAGCAUACGGAGCUUGUGCAUAUGUGAGGUGGCAAACUGGUGAACAUGAAUUUGAGUCACAUCUGAUAGCAGCUAGAAAUAAGAUUGCACCAAUGAAGCAAAUGUCCAUUCCUAGGUUAGAACUAUGUGCAGCUCUUAUGGCUGCUAGACUAAGAGAAUCUAUAUUAAAGGAGUUUACAUGGAAGUUUGAGGCAAUUUACCACAUAGUUGACUCAUCAAUUGUAAGAUCACAAAUCCAAAAGGAGAGUCACGGAUUCAAUACCUUUGUUGCAGUACGCAUAGCAGAGAUACAAAUCAAGACCGACCCAAAGGAAUGGUGGUGGGUCGAUUCAACACAGAAUAUCGCAGACAUGACCUCUAGACCAUGCAAACCAGAGAAAAUUGGAAGAGAAUCUGACUGGCAAAAUGGACCCAAGUUUUUAACUUUACCAACUAAUAGAUGGCCCAUCAGGCAAACUUGUGAGGAUGAGUUAACUGACAGAAUUGGUAUUACCAUGACGGUUAAUAAUGCAAGUCAUGAGAAUUGUGGUAUACAAUUAAUGGAUGUUAAUAGGCAUUCUAAGAACCCCACAGUUCAAGGGAUUACAGAUGCAGAAAUAUUAUGGGUCAAGGAAAUGCAAAAGAGCAUGACUGAUUGGGAAACAAGGUUCAAAAGAUUGGGACCAUCAGUUGAAAGGGGAAUUAUAGUAGUAGGACAACGAAUUUCUAAGUGGUUGAAAGACAAUUGGAAUCAAGAAAAUUUCAUGUUAAUACCGAAUAAACAUCCUGUUACUAGAUUGUACAUAUCCUGUCUACAUAAAGUAGAUCAUGCAGGUAUAGAGACUACUUUGUGUAAAAUACAGAGGAAGUUCUGGGUUCCGGGAGCUAGAAAAUUAAUAAGAACCAUUAAAAAUAAAUGUGUAACAUGCAGAAAAUUAAAUAAGAAAGUGGAAGAUCAAUGCAUGGGUCAAGUGAGGGCAGAAAGGAUGAAACCUGCUCCACCAUUCUAUCAUACAGCAGUAGAUUUGUUUGGGCCCUUGACAAUAAGAGAUUCAGUUAAGAAGAGAACUUAUGGAAAAGCAUUUGGAAUUAUUAUUAAUUGCUUAGUGACAAGAGCAGUUUAUUUGGAUUUAGCUAUGGGAUAUAGUACUGAUGAUUUCUUAACCACUUUUCAAAGAUUCAUUGCUAUUAGGGGGGCCCCUAAAUUUAUGUAUUCUGAUAGGGGAACUCAGCUAAUAUCAGCUAGUAAGAAAGUAGAGACCCUUGGGAUGGCAAAGGAUAUUAUGGUGUGGCGGAUAAGAUCAUGUGUAGAUCAGUACAUAGAUUAGUAAUGCUGUUGCCAAUAGAAGAACAAGUUUAAGCAUAUGUACCUUGUCAAUGUAAUCUAGUCCAUGGUAGUCAAUGUGGAGGGGGGAGUGUAUCAUUAGUAUGAUAGGUAUAUGAAAAAUAAGAAUAUUUAUGUUUAUUUGAUAAUUACGGGUGAGAUGUUACGUUGCGCAUCUCGAGUGUUUUUUGUUUACC